AUGACUCACUGCGUCAGUCCGUCCAUCCGUCAGUCAGCCACUCGUCCUACUCCGCCGCCCAAACCUCACGUUGUUAAAGUGAACGUCUAUGAAUGCCUUAAAGCCCAUAAUUCCAAGCGUACUUUGCACAGGGCCAGACCGCUGACCUGGGAUAGCUCAUUGGCUAGAGAGGCUCAAGAUUGGGCUUUAGACCUUGCAACCAGGAAAAUUAUGGAGCAUUCGCCAACCAACGACGACGGAGAAAAUCUUUACGAGUCAUCUGCCACUAGCUCGAAGCCAGCAACAUGCGAGGAAGCAGUGGAGGCCUGGUAUGGAGAAGUGUCCGACUAUCCCUUCUGGAGUCCUCCAAAUUCUAUUUUUGACGUAGAUGCUCAAAUCGGACAUUUUACACAGAUUGUGUGGAAGUCUACUAAGAAAUUGGGCGUGGGGAUUGCUUCUGUAAAGCAUGGUUUCUGGACCACGACUUACAUCGUGGCACGCUACUCGCCUCCAGGAAAUUAUGACGGGAGAUUUAAACAACAAGUUGGAAAGAGCGUCAUGGCUCUGAAAUGAAACAUGUUGUCUCUGAUUUCAUGUCUUACUCAGACUCUACCAGUAGUGCUAGUGAACGAUAAACUUUUACGCUGAAUAAUAACUCUUUAUUGGUUAUGAAUACUGUUGUAUUUGACAAUUCUAAAUAUAUAACUGAUAUUUGUUUAAGAAAUGAUGGUUUUCCUAUUAACGUAUAUUGACUGUAGAUUCUUUUAGACAACUGGUAAAUAUUACCAGAUAUAUCAUGGAACAAUAAUUUUACUGCUGUGGCUCGUGCAUAAUAUGCAAAGCGUAUUUACUGUACUUGCAAUAAAGGAAACAAGAUUGCAAUGUA